AAAGCCCCGAAGGCAUCGGUCAGUCGUUAGACUUCACUCCAUCGCCCUUGUACGUUUGAGAGAAACCGAACGCCCCCUCGGCAUCGAUUUGCCGAUCAAAACUGAUCUCGCCGCCGCUCGUCCUCCCACCUCUCCCCGCAUCGUCUUCUCUCCGUCGCCUCUCCGGGUGGUUUUCUGUAGAUUGCUUAAACCCUAGCACUUUAGGGCGCUUCUCCAUCGCUUUUGCGUUGCCACUGUUUCUGCAAUUAUCGUCUCUAAAACCUCGUAGUUCUGAUAUUUGAUUUGAAGUCGCAGACCUUCAGGAAUGAGCAGAUCACAAGGGCCUUCAUCACUCAAAAGAAAAAGGCCAGAACCAGCUCAUGGCCAUGGAGGAGCUCUCAUUGAGCAUGAGAAAGUGCUGUAUGACCUGAUUUGCAGCAAGCAAAGCAUGGGGAUUUGGAUUGGGGACAUGAAAAGAGAAACAAAGUAUCCUGACAAUGUGGUAACUAAAUCACUGAAGGCCCUUCAAGCCAGAGGCCUGAUUAAACUAGUUGAACACUAUCAAAACAAAGGGAAGAAAUUCUACCUGUCAAAAGAUUUCGAACCAUCGAAAGAACUGACCGGCGGUAAUUGGUACAGCGAUGGAAAGCUCGACAGAGAAUACAUCAGUACUCUUAAAGGGUUCUGUGCUAGAAUGAUACAGAAGAUGAAGGUGGCUACAAUUGAAGGGAUCGUGGACGCGUUCAAGAAGAGUGGAGCGUCCAAAGUGGACUUGUCUAGGGAGCAAAUUGAAGAGAUUGUAAAUGCUUUGGUGUUGGACAAUGAAGUGAUGGAGGUGAAGAGCACCGGGGCAGGGGAGUUUGAUUUUAUUCCUGUUGGGAAGAUUUGUUAUAAGAGCUAUGCUAAAGGAGUUAAAGGGGAGCCCAAAACAGGGGCUAUGGCUUCUACUCCUUGUGGAGUCUGUCCAAGGAUUAAUCAUUGCACCCCAAAUGGCAUCAUUUCGCCUAGGACUUGUGUGUAUUACACCAAGUGGUUAGAAUUUUAGGUUUGAAGCUUUCUGAGGUUGGUUUUAAGAGAACGAAUGGCCGAGAAUUUCCCCUCUAACAAUACGAACUAUGCUCGACUUGGCAAUUCUAGAAAAGUUUUAGCUGUCUAUUCUUUAUUGUGUUCAUAAUCUGAUGUGGCUGCUGUUUCAAUAUUAUGGACUCCAAUCCCGCCUCAUAGCUGAGGUCGGGUUAAAACGUGGGCGGUAUUAUAUGUUAUGUGUCAUGGCCA